CUCUCCUUUCCUUGUGCCGUCAGCGGACCACGACGAGUCCCGACAACAUGGCACUUUAUAAUUUUAAGAAGAUUAUGGUGGUUCCCACCGCCAAGGAUUUCAUCGACAUCACUUUAUCCAAAACUCAAAGGAAGACGCCCACAGUGAUACACAAACAUUACCAGAUCCACCGCAUCCGACACUUUUACAUGCGAAAGGUGAAGUUCACGCAGCAGAACUACCAUGACCGCCUCACGCAGAUCCUCACCGACUUCCCCAAGCUCGAUGACAUUCAUCCAUUCUAUGCAGAUCUAAUGAACGUCUUGUACGACAAAGACCAUUAUAAGUUGGCUCUGGGGCAGAUAAACAUUGCCAAGAAUUUGAUUGAUAAUGUUGCCAAAGACUAUGUGCGUCUGAUGAAGUAUGGAGAUUCUCUGUAUCGGUGUAAACAGCUGAAGAGAGCCGCUCUGGGUCGAAUGUGCACCAUCCUGAAGAGGCAGAAGUCCAGUCUGGAGUAUCUGGAACAAGUGCGUCAGCAUCUGUCUCGUUUGCCGUCCAUCGACCCCAACACCAGGACUCUGCUUCUGUGUGGAUACCCCAACGUCGGGAAAUCCAGUUUCAUUAAUAAGGUUACCAGAGCAGAUGUGGACGUCCAGCCAUACGCCUUCACCACCAAGUCUCUGUUUGUGGGUCACAUGGACUACAGAUACCUGCGCUGGCAGGUGGUGGACACCCCUGGGAUCUUGGACCACCCUCUGGAGGACAGGAACACCAUUGAGAUGCAGGCCAUCACGGCGCUGGCUCAUCUGCGAGCGGCCGUUCUUUACGUCAUGGAUCUGUCGGAGCAGUGCGGUCACACUCUGCAGGAGCAGCUGGAGCUUUUCAACAACAUCCGACCGCUGUUCGCCAACAAGCCGCUCAUCAUCGUCUCCAACAAAUGUGAUGUAAAGAAGAUCACAGAGCUGUCUGAGGAGAACCAGAAAAUCUUCUCGGACCUCUCGGCUGAAGGCAUCCCUGUCAUUGAGACCAGCACCCUGACUGAGGAGGGUGUCAUGCAGGUCAAAACUGAGGCCUGUGACCGGCUCCUCGCCCAUCGCGUCGACACCAAGGUGAAGGGCAAGAAGGUCCACGACGUCCUCAACCGUCUCCACCUGGCCAUGCCCACCAAGAGAGACCAGAAGGAAAGACCCCCGUUCAUCCCUGAGGGAGCUCUGAUGCGCAGGAGGGCGAUGGAGGUGGACGCCCCCAAACGCAAACUGGAGAAAGAUCUGGAGAUGGAGCUUGGUGACGACUACAUUCUGGACCUACAGAAAUACUGGGAUCUGAUGAACGCAGACGAGAAGAACGAUAAGAUCCCCGAGGUGUGGGAGGGCCACAACAUUGCAGAUUACAUCGACCCUGACAUCAUGAAGAAACUGGAGGACCUGGAGAAGGAGGAGGAGCUGAAGGAGCGAGCCGGAGAGUACGACUCGGACGACGAGAGUGAAGACGAGGAGAUGCAGGAGAUCCGUGUUUUGGCCAAACAGAUCCGUGAGAAGAAGCAGCUCAUGGUGAUGGAGUCAAAAGAGAAGGACAUCCACGGGCCGCGCAUGCCCAGGACCGCCACCAAGGUUGAAAGGAAGCAGCUGGAGAAGGAGAUGGGUGAACUGGGUCUGGACAUGAACGACAAGGACGAUAGUCACUACGCACAGCAGGGCCGACGCUCCCGCAGCAUCGCCAAGAAACGUAAACGUGAAGCUUCAGCGCCUCCGACCUCAAAAACCCGCAGCCAGAGUGCCUCCAGACCGCCACGAGACCAGUCCGGUUUACGUGAUCCAAAGAUGGCAAGGAAGGCCAAGAAGAUGAUGAAGAACUCCCAGAAAGGCAUGAACCGCCAGGGCAAGAAGGGAGAGUCGGACCGCCACGUCUUCGACCUCAAACCCAAACACCUCCUGGCCGGGAAGAGGAAGUCCGGCAACACAGAUCGCAGAUAAACCUCACUUUGUGGCCUGUUUUGACCUGGAUUCUGCACAGAGAGUCGACGUUUGUGUCUUCAUUGUGUUCAUCUUCCCCAGCAAUGAAAACCAGAAUCCUGAGUCAACUCUGGUGUCCUGAUCCGCUGGCGAAACGAACCCACCCAUUUAUAUGAAAACUAGUAAUAGAUAAUCUACUAUUUGUCAGAUCUGAGGCUUAUGUUGUUGAAAAUUAAGCUUUCAGGCCUGUAUUGAUCUCCUAUAACAGACUCUCAGAUCCAUCUGUGUGAUGGAUAACCUUCUAAUUUUAUUCCUACUGUUGCCUUUGUCAAACCUGAUUCUUCACUAACAGCCAAUAUGUUGUGAAACAGAUUUUUUUUUUGUCAGUUUCAUUAUUCUCUUGGCAGUAGGAGCUCUGUGACCUUGGAUAAAGUGAUGAUGAUGUUUCCUUUAAAGCUCUUCUCUUAAACAUUAAACUGAGGGAGCAAAAUAAAUAUACACCUGAACUAAAC